ACCCUAGACUUCGGCGCGAGCGUGCGCGUCACGUAUUUUGUUAUCGAGUAGCAAAUGCGAUCUUAUCCAAUUAGUGCUUACGCGGAAUAAGAGUUGAGUGGCCGGUUAUACGUGUGCGCUCUUACUGUUCGUUGCCAUACUGAAGCGAUAAUGUUUUUAAGUGUAAUUGUAGUGGGAAAUUGAAAAAUAAACAAUGUAUAAGUUAAAGUGAAAUUUUGUGAAAGGAAUAUAAAAUGUGUCCGAUGUGGUUUACAAGCGCUCUGUUGGCGCUUAGCGCGGUCUUACCGGCAUGGAGUGCGUCUUUAUCAGCGACGACAGGAACGCGAUAUCAAGCUCCUGAUGAAUGUCGCUGGACUACUGACGAUGACGACACAGGAGUCGCGUUGCAGUGUCGAUUAAGGACUAUAAAUAGCGAAUUAGAAAAUACUAAUUUUAGUGCCAUUCAACCACAUCUAACAGCGCGGUUGCGCCUCGAAUGUAGUGAUGCACUUUUCUUUCAAAGCUCCCUAGCGCCAGGAAGUUUUCGCCAGUUAAUAGAGUUAAGAGAGCUUACAAUUGAAUAUUGUAAAAUCGGAAAUCUAUCGGAUAGUGCAUUUACUGGUCUGCGUGAGCUCAGAAAUUUAACAAUAAGAACCCACAACACAGAUUGGUCUACAAUGUCAUUAGAAAUAACAUCCACAGCAUUUUCUAGAGACGUGCAAAAUCUUGAAAGACUUGAUCUUAGUGAAAACAAUAUGUUAACCUUUCCCGAGGGUGCUCUUUGCUCCUUACGUAACCUAGAAUAUUUGAAUAUGACCGGGAACAGGAUGAGAGAUAUUAGUCAUUUUCAAUUUUCGACUGCUCAUCGCCAUCCCACGGAAAAAUGUGGAGACAAUCUCUUAAUAUUAGAUCUAUCAAGAAAUCUCAUCGAUACGAUACCACCGGGACUUCUCUCUGGCCUUAGAAGAUUACAAAAACUGUAUCUGCAAGGCAAUGGACUUAACUCAGUGGCGGACAGAGCAUUGGAGGGGCUUAUAUCUCUAACAACAAUUAGGUUUUCUGAUAAUCAGCUCACUAGUUUACCUCCAGAAUUAUUCAGUGAUACAAAAGAAUUAAAAGAAAUUUAUUUAAACAACAAUACCAUUACUGUGCUCGCUCCAGGAUUGUUUAGUGAUCUUUUCCAACUGCUCGUUUUGGAUUUAUCAUACAACGAGUUGACUUCGGAUUGGAUAAAUACUUCAACAUUUUCUGGAUUGAAACGACUUGUAUUUUUAGACUUUUCACAUAACAGAGUAUCAAAAAUGGAAAUCGCGCUCUUUAGAGAUUUACAUAAUUUACAAAUAUUGAAAAUGCAAGACAAUUUCAUAGAACAUAUCUCAGAGAACGUGUUCAGCUCGCUUGCAAAUUUACACACAUUGAUAUUAUCAAAUAAUAGGCUUACAAACAUCGAGAGCUUUGCAUUUAUGGGUUUACAUGUACUAUCUGUUUUAUCUAUUGACAGUAAUCGCAUUUCGAAAAUACACCCGCAUGCCUUACGCAACUGUACUUCUUUACAAGAUCUACAUAUUAAUGGAAACAGAUUAGAUGAAGUUCCAAUAGCUUUAAAAGAAAUUCCUCAAUUAAAGACACUAGACCUCGGGGAAAAUUUGAUAGUGAGCAUAGAAAACGCUUCUUUUAUGACAAUGCAACAAAUGUAUGGCUUGAGAUUAACGGAGAAUAAUAUUGGAAAUAUAAGCAAAGGAGUUUUUGACAAAAUGACAUCACUAAAAAUUUUAAAUUUAUCUCGAAAUAAAAUCCAUAAGAUUGAAGCCGGCGCUUUCGACGGUAAUGUAAACUUGCAAGCCAUAAGAUUAGAUGGAAAUUACUUGACCGACAUCGGUGGACUUUUCGCCAAGUUACCUAAUUUGGUAUGGUUGAACAUUUCUGAUAAUCGUCUAGAAUGGUUCGACUACGCUAUGAUUCCAACUGGAUUGCAGUGGUUGGACAUUCACGCUAACAGAAUUGCUGAACUUGGAAAUUACUUUGAAAUUGAAUCGCAACUAUCGCUUAGUACUUUCGACGCAAGUUCUAAUAGGUUAACGGAGAUAACUGGAAGUGCGAUACCUAACUCAGUUGAAAUGUUAUAUUUAAACGAUAAUUUAAUUUCAAAAGUACAAUCAUACACAUUUUUUAAAAAACCAAAUUUGACGAGAGUUGAUUUGUACGGAAACAAAAUAACGAGUUUAGAUCCCAACUCGUUAAGAAUAUCUGCCGUGCCACAGGAUAAAUCAGUGCCAGAGUUUUUUAUUGGUGGAAACCCGCUAGAAUGUGAUUGUACAAUGGAAUGGUUACAAAAAAUAAAUACUGGAAACAGAGCUAGAACUCAACCUAAGUUAAUGGAUCUGGAUAGUAUAUAUUGUAAAUUACUUUACAAUCGUGGCAAUACGUACGUGCCUUUAGUAGAAGCCGCGCCACACCAGUUUUUAUGUAAAUAUGAAUUCCAUUGUUUUGCCCUGUGUCAUUGUUGUGACUUUGAUGCCUGUGACUGUGAAAUGACUUGCCCCAAUAAUUGCACCUGUUAUCACGAUCAAUCUUGGUCGGCUAAUGUUGUGGAGUGUUCGAGUGCUGGUUAUGUAAACAUGCUGCCUGAAAGAAUUCCGAUGGAAGCUACACAAUUAUAUUUGGAUGGCAACAAUAUAAAAAUGCUUCCAAGUCAUGCAUUUAUUGGAAGAAAAAGGCUAAAGAUUUUAUAUUUAAAUUCAUCAAACAUAGAAACGAUACAUAAUAGAACAUUCAAUGGAUUAAAAGAAUUGGAAGUACUCCAUCUUGAUCAUAAUAGCUUAUCAGCUGUGGAAGGCCAGGAAUUUAACGGUCUUGAGAAUUUACGGGAAUUAUACCUUAAUAACAACAAAAUAAAGUCUAUUGGGAAAGAGAUGUUUAACCAUAUGUCAAGACUGAAAAUAUUGCACCUGCAUCACAAUAGAUUGGUGACCUUGUCAGUGUGGCAAAUAAAUGCAGCAGUUACAACUAUUUCCUUAUCAUUUAACCCUUGGUCAUGUGACUGUGAAUACACAGAGAUGUUCCGAGAAUGGACCAAACGAGUAAGUUCAAUAAUAGAUAUAUCGACCGUAAAAUGCAUUUACUCGAAACGAAAUAUCACAGAUUUAGAAUUAUACAACGAAAAUAUUUUCGACGAACCAUACUCAGGUUUUAAAAUUACUGAAGAAAAUGGAACUAUAUGCACGGGAUUACCAAGUAUAAACAACAGUGUCAAUGGUAAUUUGACGGCUACGAAAACUAUUAUAACUAACGAAGUAGUCGACUACAUACCCCUACUUGUUGCAACACUAGGACCAGUGCUAAUAAUAUUAAUUAUUGUGGUGACCGUCUUCAUAUACAGACAACAAAUGAGAGUGUGGUUUCAUUCAAAGUUCGGUGUAAGAUUAUUCUACAAAGCGAGUGAUAUAGACGGUGAAGAUCGAGAAAAACUUUACGAUGCGUUCGUGAGUUAUAGUUCCAAAGACGAAGCAUGGGUGACAGAGAAACUGGCACCGGUCUUGGAACGUGGAGAUCCUCCUUACAAAUUAUACUUACAUUAUCGCGAUUUUCCAGUGGGCGGAUAUAUCGCCGAUAAUAUUAUACAGGCUGUGGAAUCAUCGCGUCGUACAAUAAUGGUGUUAAGUGAGAAUUUUAUAAAAUCCGAGUGGUGUCGUUUCGAAUUUAAAUCCGCGCAUCAUCAAGUGUUAAGAGAUAGACGAAAAAGACUCAUUGUUGUUUUGUUAGGUAACGUGCCCAAAAAGGAUCUCGACCCUGAUAUAAGACUUUACUUAAAAACUAAUACGUGUGUUGAAUGGAAUGACAAAUUAUUCUGGGAGAAAUUAAGAUUCGCUUUGCCCGAUGUACAUGAUAAGCAGAGAUGUCGAGGAAUGCCGAGCCCGGGAGCUGGUGCAGUUCCCAUGCACCGACAUCAUCAUCCUAGGAACCACCUAGGUGCAUUACCACCGCCACCAGUGCAUGGAGCUCACCCUGUGCUACCGCCCCAUCCGUCCCAUACAUCCCAUCAAAUCCCGGCACGUGCAUCGCCACGAAACCUCUCCGUCCAUGUGUAGUGUUGUGUAUAAACCAAUUCUGUGUAUAAACUGAACCCAAGUGCGCAGUGACUCUUAAGUGAAUUUGUGAUGGCUAGUCGGUUAUCGUGUAAUGUAAUGUACAUAUAUCAUUUAUACUAUAAUAGUCGUAGAUUAUAAUUGUAAAUAGCUUCAAUUCAAAUUGCAAAUGAAAAUGUACCACAAUAAGAUCAAGCAUAAAUUUAAAAUAUUAGUUAUUACUAAAGAUUGGUAUUAUAUUUGUAGAAACCAUUAGGAGCCCGUUAUAAUGGCUAUUCUUUUUCGGGAAAUUUAGGUGACUUAUUUUAUAAAUAAACAAAUAACUAAAAAUGGCGAUGUUGCCACAAUCUGUGAUAAAUUAGUUAUAGUUAGUUAGCAUCUCUAGUUAUUAAUGUACAUUUGUAAUUUAGUCACGAGAAAAGAACGUAUUUAUUGUAAA